UAUAUGUUGAAGCAGCCUCUUUCAUUGUUUGGUGCUUUAUCCAUCUUUGUUUGACGACGAAUCCUGCAACUGCGCCGUUCCGGCUCUGCUAAUGUCAAUGGCUGAUUUGGAGGGCGUAGAAGGUUACAGGCCUUCUGCAGAAUAUGUGGAAGACAGUAAUGAAGCUCUCGUUGACUUGACUGACUCAACUGAACUUUUGUUUCUUAAGCUGCCUUCUUCCAAUGAUUUUUUAUCUGACAUAAAUGGACAGAAAUUGUUUCUCACACUUAAUAAUGGUGGUAAGCUAGCCAGCUUUGAGGGUUCAUCAGGUAAGGCAUAUGAUUUUGUAAACUUUUUUGCUCAGAAGCCAGAUGAAACAGUUUUUGUUUCCUCUACAGAACCAAAAAUUGCAAAGAUUUCAAUGCGAGUUUCAACCGUCCAUUACCCUGAUCCUAAAGAACUUGAGAACCUCAAUUCAAUCAACACAAGACAUGCACAUCGAAAUUCUUCUGGAAUCACGGGGACAACUUCAUCUCGGUACUUUCCUAUGCAGAGUGGUGGACGUGCAGCUUCAUCAAAAGGUAGCAGACAGAGAAGCUCCUUGUCUGGAGUUACUGAGCCAUCAAGUAUUUCAAAAAAAGGACACGAGUCUAAAUCUAAAUUCAACUUGUCCGAGUCCUCACAUGGUCACAGCACUGGCAUUUCCUCUAUGUCCGUAGACAAUUCUCAUGAAGGAAAACCAAAGAGAAGAAAACUUACGGAAUAAUGUUUCCUAUACCCGCCAUGGCCUUUAAUAGUGUAAUUUUUAAAAUUAACAUUCUCCCGGGCAACACUUUUAUGUUGCAAAAGGAUGAUAAAUUUUUGUAUUUUUCAAAUUGUCAUUUGCUUCGGUUGCAUAAUGUUCACUGAUUUAAAGACCCUUUCUUUUGGCCUCUUUUUGUGUACUGAAAGCGCUAUAUUAAUUCAGUUGUGUUCUUCCUAA